AUGCCUUCCGGCCGCAGGUCUGGCCGCCUCAAGGGACCCAGGGCUCUAUACGUUGAUGAUCCAUUUAAGGCAGCUGGGAUCAGUGAUGAUGAGGACUCCGCUGAGCAGGAAAUUCCUGGCAAGGGGAAAAAGAAGCGCGCCCCGACAGAAGAUUCAGCCUCAGAUAAUGAAUUUGUCGCUGGGUCAGGCGAUGAAGCCGACGAGGGAAUCGAGGAAGAAGAUGAGCCUGAAGAGGGACUAGAAGAGGAAUUCGGAUCAGAAGCCGAUGCCUCCGACCCCGAAGAAAUGGAGCUCGACGGCAUCGAGGAUACUCCUCAUAAAGAGCGUUCGAUGUCGUACCAACAAGAUGCGAGUGUUAGGAAGCGAAGAGCCGAUGGAACAGUUGUACCAUCCGCCGAAGAGACACACACUCGUGGCAUCAUCGAACCCCGAGAUCACUUGUCCAAAGGCACCUAUUACACUCUCACAUUCGGUUCUGACGAUCGAGAUUUGAUGCCAGCCGUCCACUUCCGAAUGCGAUGGAACAAGGGUGUAGAUGCGGUUUUUCCAUCUCGCUACACAUUAGAGGAGACGGAGAAGAAGCCUGAAUAUCUAUACGGGCCCACGUUUGGGGUUCACCCAGAUGAUGUUCUGAAAGAAAGCACCCGCGGGUGGGACUGGUAUUAUGAUGGGGACAUUGGUGAGAGGUUCCGGAAAAGACAGCGCAUUGAGACGAUUGAAGAGUCAAUGGCGUUCCAAAAUUACCUACCCAAACCAGAUGCGCGAAAACAUGGCAUUUUACUAGGACCCCAUGAUAAUCAACAACUCUUCGAGCUGGGCUAUCAUGAGUCUUUUGACUUUGGAAAAGCCUGGGAAAGUCCAAACUCCAAAAAAGACUCAUCAGGAGCUGAGAUCAAAAGGAUUCGAGAAGGUUGGAUAUUAAACAUCGGCCACAAGGCACAUUGCAUGGCUUGGGCUCCAAACCAGGAUGGUCUGACUCAGUAUCUUGCUGUGGCGGCGCCGAUUACAGAAGAUCAGAAAAGCCAGUACAAAUCCGAAGAUAGUGAGCCUCUCUCAUCGUUUCAACCCUCGGAGCCUUUCCCUAGCGCCUUACAGAUUUGGGAGUUUAAGGGCAAACCGAGUGAAACUCUUACGAUGGCUCUCGAUAUGGACUCCAAACCCCGCCUUCGGCAAGUUUUGUGUGCUGACUGGGGGGACCUGAGACGCAUGGUAUGGUGUACUUUGCCCCGGACCGAACGGGUGGAGGACAAAGAAGAGGAAAAAGAAUCCAUUGGUUUACUUGCAACAGUUUGGGGGGAUGGAUAUGUGAGAGUUUUGGAUAUUAAAACAGGUAGAGGGUCACAAGAAACAGAAUUUCUCAAAAUCAAAUCCCCUGCGUUUGAGGCAAGACCGCCAUCAACAGUCUGCACAUGUGUCACUUGGCUAUCCCCUAGUGAUAUUGCAGUGGGCUGCGGUAACGGCUUUGUGGCUCUCUGGAACAUCGAACCUUCCUCCAUGUCUGAACCUCUACCUUUUUUCUAUCGGCCACUCCACGCCACCUACAUACUCAGUAUCACAUCGGCAUACCCGGUCCAUCCCCAAUUAGUCAUCACGAUUUCCAUGGAUGGCGAAACGAGGAUGUGGUCGGUCCUCGAUCCAACCAGCGAAAUGGCAUCGACGGGCCGCAUGCGAGGAGCCUCUCCCUUCAUCAGCUAUUCUCCCAUCUGCCAGUCUGUUGUUGCCGGGGAUGAAAACGAAUUCGCUCGCGUAAUUCCAAUUCGACGGUUUUUUACCACUACCACCAUUGCGCGGCUCAGCAGCACCAUCUCGGCUAUGGCGCAAUGCAGUUUUCAUCACCCCUGUGCCCUGUUUGGCAGUGCCGCAGGCGAGGUCGUAGGAACGAAUCCCUUCCGACGAGUUGUUUACAACAAGGAGCAAAUUUGGCAGCAGAUAUGGUUCACACAUGAAUGGAUUCCUACUUCUAAGACGAACACUAUGGGCACAAGUCGAUUUCAUGACGGAUAUCGGGCAGAGAACCAGAAGUUGGCAAAGUACAAGCUUUUUGAGACCAACCCCAUCAAUGGGAUGGGGACCUCGACGAUUUACGAGGAAAAUACCCACGUCACAGCCCUCGGGUGGAACCCCAACCGCCCUUGCGCAGCCUGGGCCAGCGCUGCGCUGGGGUGUGGAUUGCUGAGAGUGGAAGAUCUUGCCAUCUAG